AAUAUGAUCGAGUACAAACUCAAUGAAAAAUAUACUCCAUAAACAUGAAGCUACGGAAACUCGACUUACAUUUGAACUCAUUAAAAUAAAUAAACAAACACAAGAUUUGACUCGUUACAAUCUAUUUCCCACUUACUAUCUUUUCCCUCCUUUAGUUUACCUUUUUCUUUCCCUCUUUGCGCAUUCCUUCUCCCUCAAAUUCACAUCCCUCACUUCCAUUGCUCCCCAAUUUCCCCUCCAAAUUUUUUUUCUCUCUCUCUCUCAGUUUCCCUUCCUUUAUCUCUCCCCGCAAAGAAACCCCAGAGAUCCAGUCUCGGGAUUUGGAGAUCAGAAUUAGUUUCAGAAUCAAGAGGUAGCCUCUGUGUUCAUCUUUGGAGAAUUAAUUGAUCAUGUCGCUGCCGCAGACUACUUGAGAACACCUGCCUUUUCCCAUGAAGCCGCCGUUCGGUGGAGGCGGCCGCGUUGACUACCGCCGCUUCACCGCUGUUGGCUCUCAUCCCAAUCCAGAACUCGACGAAGCCGUUGUCAUAAAGACGCCGCCGCCUUCAUUGAAACGGAAGAGUGGAAUGGCUGACUAUGGCACGAUAUCUGUUGAGCAAAAUGUAAGUCCUGGCACCAGUGCUUUCAUGAACAGCCCUCACCGGACUCCAGUUUCAGUGAAAUCUGAGAAACCCCAGAAGGUUCCUAAGUCAACCAAGGCAAACAGAGUUAGCUGUCAAAGUCUCAUGACAAAUACUGGUUCUCCAACAGGCGAUAAUCUCACUCCAGUCGGUUCCUGUCGAUAUGAUAGCUCCUUAGCUCUCCUAACAAAGAAGUUCAUUAAUCUGAUAAAACAUUCAGAAGGUGGUAUCCUUGAGCUGAAUAAAGCCGCAGAGACAUUAGAGGUACAGAAGAGGCGUAUAUACGAUAUAACUAAUGUCCUUGAAGGCAUUGGUCUUAUCGAAAAGACUCUCAAAAACAUAAUCCAGUGGAAGGGGACUGAUGUACGGAGACCUGGGGAAGUGGAUGAGACCCUUCCAGAUAUACAGGAAGAAAUACAAAACUUGAAUUCAGAGGAGUGCAGAUUAGACGAGCGCAUAAGAGAAAUGCAGGAAAAGUUAAGGGGGCUAAGCGAAGAAGAAGACAAUCAAAGGUGGCUUUUUAUUACUGAAGAAGAUGUCAAAAACCUACCGUGCUUCGAGAAUGAAACUCUGAUAGCUAUUAAAGCUCCACACGGCACGACUCUGGAAGUUCCUGAACCCGAUGAGGCUGGAGAUUACCCACAGAGAAGAUACAAAAUCGUUCUUCGAAGCACCAUGGGACCAAUAGAUGUCUACCUCGUAAGUCAAUUCGAGGAGAUAAAUGCCUACGAAGCACAGCCAAGUAACCUUGACACAUCUGUUGCGAAUGAGACACCAACGGAGGAGAUUACACGAGAUGAAAUCAUUGGGCAGGGAGAAGGAGUUCAAAGGAUGUGCUUAGAGACGAGCUCAUCCCAUGAUUUCGUGAGUGGAAUCAUGAAGAUCGUACCAGAUGCUGACAGCGAUGCUGAUUAUUAUCUAUUGUCAGAGACGGAUGUAAGCAUCACUGACAUGUGGAGGACAGAAGAUGAGGUCGACUGGGAUACCUUGAACACACUACACGAAGGCUAUCCAGUGUCUAUCAUCAGCCCUUCACGAGAUCAAGCUCCACGACCGAGUAUAGUCCCAUCAGCAGGGAGCUAGAAGCUGAGCUUGUACUAUAUAUUCUUGAAGAAUCAUGUGUUGUUGUAUAAUGACAUUGCUGGCAAUGCUGCAGAAAUUCGAGAUUGUGUUCAACUGCUUAGGAUGGAUGGUCACUGUAUAGUUUCUGGGUAGUUAUUACUUAUUGCGCUUUUGCUAUGAACUAAUAAUUAGUCGGUACGAGGUUUUGUGUUGUGUAAAUUGGAAAAUUUGUUUCAUUGUAGCAUCAUCAUCAUCAUGAUGGAGAUUUAGUUGACAGUUCUGUAAUAUUCUAGCCAAGAUAGUGAACUCCUCUCUCACUAGAUCUGUAUUUCUUCAACUCACGUAUCAAAGCAACUCAAUCCUUGUGAGGAGAAAUUCACAAACUAGUGAACUACUACAUUGGAAAAGCAAA